AUGGGUGGUGUGGGUGAAGAUAUGAGAGUAUUGGAAAGCAGAGAAUGGUACAUUGCGUCUUAUGCACCUCAAGGUGUUCCAAAUUCUGAUCAUCUCAAGAUUCGUACUGCCAAACUCUCACUAGCUCUUAAUUCGAUCCCCGAACGGCAUGUCGUUCUUGAGACCCUUUUCCUCUCCGUUGAUCCAUACUUACGCAGCAGAAUGACUGGCCGAGAAGACGGCCUAUACUUGCCCCACAUAUUCACUGUUAUUAUAGCAUUUGGGGUUGGAAGGGUAAUUAAGUCAAACGAUCCCAACUACAGUGAAGGUGACAUAGUGAUCAGCCCUGUCACACCUUUGGCUGAAUAUUGCGUGGUAUCAUCCCAAUCUAUAACAAGAAAGAUUGAUCCGCAUUCUGGGAUUUCAACGCCUGAAUAUAUCAGCUUGUUAGGGGUACCUGGGUUUGCAGCAUGGGUGGGAAUUGAGGUGAUAGCAGACCCAAAACCAGGGUCCAAUGUGUUCAUUUCAGCCGCAGCUGGGGGCGUUGGCAUGUAUGCCGGGCAGUUGGCCAAGCUAGAAGGCUGCAGGGUGAUAGGGAGCACGGGAUCAGAUGAGAAAGUAAGGCUCAUAAAGGAGGAAUUUGGAUAUGAUGAUGCAUUCAACUAUCACAAAGAGAAAGAUUUUGAUGCUGCUCUGAGCAAGUAUUUCCCAAAUGGAAUUGAUGUAUACCUUGACAAUGUUGGCGGUAGAAUGCUUGAGGCUGUUCUCAACCAUGUCAACAAGCAUGCAAAGAUCCCUCUUUGUGGCAUGAUAUCUGAGUACAAUAAGGCUUGGACUGAGAGAGAGGGGGUCAGGAAUUUGCUGAAUUUAGUCGGCAAGGAAGUGCAUAUGCAAGGGUUCAUGCUGGGCUCAUACAUGGAUCGUUUUGGGGAUUUUGCAAAGGAGAUGGAGGGUCACCUAAAGCAUGGCAAAAUUGGUUCUAAGAUCAAAAUCUUCCAUGGAAUUGAUAAAUUCUUGGAGAGUUUAGGAUCUCUAUUCACCAGCUGUAAUAUUGGAAAAGUAGUAAUCCAAGUUAACGAGUAA